CCCGAGGCUCCAACUCAUCACCCAGCGACCCCUUCCUUCUCCAGUUCUCCCCCUCUCUCGACCAGCUGCUCGUCCCUUCGGCGGCGGCGCGGCGGCAAGCGAAGCCAUUUCCUCCCGGCGCACGGCACCGCGUCGCGCGGCCUCUGCCCGCCUGCGUCUCUGAAUCUCCAUCAAGGAUCGGCGCGGGAGCUCCUGUGCUUCUAAUGACUGAAGAAGUGAUCAAAGAGGUCAUCACCUCAACUCCUGCAUCAGCUGAUCCAAAGUGCGAAGACCUCCUCAUAAACUCUCCAGUGAUCAUAGAUGGUACCAGCACGACGCUUGAUGUUAAGAGGAAGGAGAAGCCAGUCCCACAUUACCGAAGAGCAUCCAGUAGGUCUUGCCAUGACAACUGCAAGUUUGGGAUCAAGCAUUCCCCUGAACCCAAAAAGUACUGGCCUAUUAGUCGCAAGCAACUGCGCCGUGCGAGUGCUGGGAGCCAUGAACGUGACAGGGUUGAAAUCAUACUACCGAAAACAGCCAGGCCAAGAAAGGAGGACCAGAAGCUGAAAAAUUCUCAUGAAAAAGAUGGUGAUGCUACUGCUCCUGGCAAGCCUGAAUUCACCAAUCCAAAGGCACCUCUCGAAAGAGCACCUGAUCAUUUUAGCAGUAUUUCCUGCGUGGAAGAUUUGUCAGCUGAAGCAUCUGAACCUAUUGUGGCAGAAAUGCUUCCAACUGACGCAGAAUGCUUCGUCAUCUCUCAUGAUGAUGUGGAAGACUGUGAAGAUCGAGUUUCAUCAGAUGGAGCUGAAAGCAUUGAGCUGGAGAUGCCAUUAGCUAUCCAGGACAUUGAUGAAUCUGAUGAACAAACAGAGGAUGCCAUUCUGCCUGCUAACAAUGUAUGUGAAGUUGGGCAACCGUCACUUGUGGAUCAUUUGCCUGAUCAAUCAGCAAAUGAGUGUGCAAGUUCAGAUAAGAGGACUAGUCAGGCUGUGAUAGCAUCAGAGAAGCAUGAACAAGCUGCAUUUGGGACUAAAUCAAAGGGCUCAGCUAAUAAACCAGAAAAACCAAAGGUGAAAGCGACAUCGAGUGUAACAAGGAACACUGUUUCAAGCCAGAGAAAUGGAAGAGCAUCGCAUCUGAAAGCUACUGGUGCAGCAGAUGAAAGCUCCAGGGGACCAAAGACAAUAAGAAAAACUGCAGAUGCUACUGCUGCUAAAAAGUUCAGUAAGCCAGAGAGGAAAUUUAGCUCAAAUGUUGCAUCAGCUGCACCAAAAGCUAAAGAGAUCAAAGUACCAUCACCAUCGAAUGCAAUGGAUUCAUCUGCCAAACCUCCUAGGUUGGCCAAACCGAAAGCUACGACAGCCAAGAAAGCUCCUUCUCCAUCACUUUCUUCAGGGAAACAGACUGACAGAGAGAUGAAAGAAAAGAAUGUUGCCAAGAAUGCUCAAGUUUUGAAAAAGAAGGGAGACGAGAAGGUGAUACCAGGUCCAUUGAAACUGUCUCGUUCAUUAAACAUGUCUGGAAAGUCUAUCACGAGCCUCAGGUUGAAAUCAAUCAGAAAAGACAAAUUUGCUCCCCCAAUCAAGAGUAGCAAGAAGGUUUCUGAAACAGAAAAUUCAGUCACUGAUGCUAAGAACGCCAAGGAGAAAUUUCUGAAGAUGGCUUCACCAAAAGUGCGAAAACCAGAGGUUAACAACAAAGUGACACGACCUCCUCGCAAAGAAAAAUCUGACACUCCAAGAACUGCUAUCGCAAGGAGACCAAAGCCUGCACCCAUCACCUCCUCAAGCACCAUGGCACCAGCUCCACAGCCUCGCAAGCUGACUUUCCGCCGCGGCAAGGUGCUGAACCCCGACGAGAGCAGCAGCACCCCGAGGCGGCUCCGGUUCAGGUCUGCCAUGGCUGUGGCAGACACGAGUGGUUCCAGGAGCAGAGGCAGCAGGAUCACUGGCAGGAGGAAUGGCAUCAGCAUCGCGGCGAAAGACCCUGGCGCUGAGGUCGUCGUGCUGCGACGGCGGCAGGAUGGCAAGGAGGUGAAGAAGCAGGAGCAGGUGCUGCUCAACAACGUGAUCGAGGAGACGGCGAGCCGGCUCGUUGCCGAGGCGCGGAAGAGCAAGGUGAAGGCCCUCGUUGGCGCCUUUGAGACUGUCAUCUCGCUGCAGGAGACCGGCAAGGCUUCUGCUCCAGCGGCGGCAAGCGUGGCGCCAUGAGCGUCUCUUGAUCUGAAUGUUUGGACCUUCUCCCUUUUUUUGUGACUGUAAAUGCGGUUUUGCUAGCUCGUUUGCCUUGUUACUCCAAUAAUACAUAGCUCCCAUAUAUACAUCCUCCAAAAGAAAAGAAAAGCCUGUAAAACAAUUAAGUUUUUGGAUAGGAGUUUUUUGUCCUCUGUUGUAGACCAAAGGAGAGUUUGGCAUUAAUUGCACUGCAUAUGGUUUACCACCAAGGUACUCUAAUGAUGCACUACUAAACUUGCGUGUUUCAGAAAGGAAAUAAGAAGGUACACCAAAUUCAGUUCUGUUUCA